CCUCCCUCCUGCCAGCGGCUUUUCCCAACUCCUUUCUUAGAGUGUGGCCUCUCCCCGUUCCUCCUUCCCUCGUCCAGGAGGCCCGGAGCCCAGCCCCAGCCCGGUUUCCCCGCCCCAGCAGGGGCCCGGGCACCAUGCACCGAUCCACCCGCAUCAAGAUCACAGAGCUGAACCCCCACCUCAUGUGUGCCCUCUGCGGGGGCUACUUCAUCGACGCCACCACCAUCGUGGAGUGUCUGCAUUCCUUCUGCAAAACGUGCAUCGUGCGCUACCUGGAAGCCAACAAAUACUGCCCCAUGUGUGAUGCCCAAGUCCACAAGACCCGGCCUCUGCUAAGCAUCAGGUCAGACAAGACCCUCCAGGACAUCGUGUACAAACUGGUGCCGGGGCUGUUCAAAGAUGAGAUGAAACGGCGGCGAGAUUUCUACGCGGCGUAUCCCCUGACGGACGUCCCGAACGGCUCCAACGAGGACCGCGGGGAGGUUCUGGAGCAGGACAAGGGGGCCCUGAGCGACGACGAGAUCGUCAGCCUCUCCAUUGAGUUCUACGAGGAGCUCAGGGACGAGAAAAAGGAGUCUCUGGAGAACGGGGCCGGAGACAAGGAGAAGACGGGGGUGCGUUUCCUGCGCUGCCCGGCCGCCAUGACCGUCAUGCACCUGGCCAAAUUUCUCCGGAACAAGAUGGACGUGCCCAGCAAGUACAAAGUGGAGGUGCUGUAUGAAGAUGAGCCGCUGAAGGAGUAUUACACCCUCAUGGACAUCGCCUACAUCUACCCCUGGAGACGGAACGGCCCCCUCCCCCUCAAGUACCGCGUCCAGCCGGCCUGCAAGCGUCUGAAGCUGGCCCCGGCCGCCCCCUCGGAGGGGACCAACACCAGCGGCACGUCCGAGUGCGAGUCCGUCAGCGACAAGGAGCCCAGCCCGGCCGCCCUGCCCUCCUCCGCCCCCGCCGCCCUGCCCAGCCCCGCCACGCCUUCCCACGGUUCGCCCGGCGCCCACGGGCCCCCCGCGGCCCUGCCCGCGCCCCCCAGCCCGGCCCCGGCCCCCAGCUCCCUCAACGGCACCUCGAACUGCGCAAACAGGGGGAGGAAAGUGACUGUGAACUGUGCCCCGGUGCCACCUUUGACCUGAGGCCGUCCCCCCCCCCGUGACCCC